GGCGAGGUGGCUCCAAAGUUCGGGGGGUCUCUGGCGCCCUCCUUAAGUAAAUAAGUUGGCUGCGUCAGACUGGUGGGCGCAACGGAGGGCGAUGUGGUUCAAAGUAUGAUCCUGCAGGUGUGGCGCAGAGGCGAGGGCCACGCACUGCACCCGCUGACAGUGCGGAGUUCUUGCCGCGUGUCGUGGUAGGUUGUCUUGUGAUCGUUCCUCCUGGCCUCGUUCGACUCUGUCAGCAUGGGCCCUAACUUCCUCUCGCCGGUGAUUCGCAUUCUCUAUCUCUCAGCUUCUUCCGAACUUCUUCGCCAACCUGCAACCGCAGCAGACUAUGGGCCAACGCGCUGCUCUUGGUAGUCAGUGCCCCAUGCAUCUGCCGUGAGCCUAUAGCUGGCGCAAAAGGGGAACAUUAUGAAUUGUGAGCGUAGUGAAACGGCAGCUAAUUUUUUGAGAAAAAUCGGAUAAUAAAGCUCUUCUCGCACAGCCCGUCGAAAAAGGUUUUCUUGCUUGAGCGAGUGACUGAGAGGUGAGAGAAAGAGGAAAACUCCGCAAAAAAGGGGCACGGAAGGUGGAUCAGACAGUCAGAAGUUGCUAUUUAGCAACCAUUUUUUCCCUGGCAUUCCAUAGAUGAUUUCAUCACAUUUGGCCUUAGGUGUGUAGCGUCACCUCCCUCCGAGCUAACCUAUCGAGGAUAGGUUAUUUUAUUUUAUUUCGAGUUCUUCGCUUGGCUCCGUGCACACUAGGUUUAGGUCGUAGACCUGUUGGCGCAAGAUUCCACGUAAUCUCGAAUUUCUAGAAUCCUCGAUUGACUAGUGGCGUCUUCGACCUGGUGGCGAGUCUUGCACCAAGCAGGAUAUCCAUGCUAGUUAGCAUUGGCGUUCCACAUUUGUCCAGUUUUUUCGCGGGUCAUUUUCAAACCCAGCUGUGGUUCGAGGCAUCAGGGCCUUCGAGAGAAUUUAUUAUACUAUUUCUUCUUCAAAAAAUUGUGAGCGUAGUGAAACGGCAGCUAAUUUUUUGAGAAAAAUCGGAUAGUAAAGCUCUCCUCGCACAGCCCGUCGAAAAAGGUUUUCUUGCUUGAGCGAGUGACUGAGAGGUGAGAGAAAGAGGAAAACUCCGCAAAAAAGGGGCACGGAAGGUGGAUCAGACAGUCAGAAGUUGCUAUUUAGCAGCCAUUUUUUCCCUGGCAAGAAAAAUAUGAAUCGGAAGAAAAAUUUUUUUCCCACCCACCCUUGAAAAAACUGCGUUUUUUCCCUUUCUUCUCGCUUCUCCUUUGAAGUCGAAGGACUCAGUUAGUUGUCUAGUUGCAAGUCUCUUCAGCACGACAUCCUUGCUCAUGUCAAUUUUUUCGAAGCAGCAGCAAUUUUCUCUAUUCAGCUAGUCCCAUUUUACUAUUAAGUCGCUUUAUUUUUUCAUACGAAUAUCUAUUCGUACUGAGAGCUCUUUCUUUCAGUCGAAUUCGCUCAAGGCACAAUUUGCCUCAUUUAGCAGUGAUUAGCUCUUGCUACCGAGGCGGCACAAUGGACCUGGAAGACGAUUUGGAAGCUGAAAUAGCAGCACGCGUUAAGAAGGACAGUGAAGCCAUUGUCUCCGCCACUUCCUUAACCGAACUACAAUCAGUGGCGAAACGAAUGGGCAUUGUGCCAGGUAAGACUAAGAGGAAGAAGUCACCUUCUCCCACAAAGACGAAGCGCACCAUUUCCACCCCUGCCAUUAGGCAAGUUGUUCAGCCGGCAAGCACGAGCUCCUCAUCCUCAACUAGCACCGCAUUGGUCAACCACACAACUAGCUCCAGUUCAGCACCUAACUUGACCAACAUUGUUGGACACACUGCCGCAGACAACAGGCUCACGAAUUUGCCCAAUGUCCCUGGUGCUGGCUCUAACGCUAGCAUUGGCACCAUGCAGAGCUUGGCACGGCUCCGACUCGAGACCUUGCAGAGCUUAGAAGCCGAAGCAGGCUCGACCAAGAGGAAGGAGAUGCUGAAACUCAUCAGCAACACCAACAACUUCCUAGUAGCAAGGAACAAGGUGGUAGAACGACCUGCCAAUAAAGCGGAAGAAUCAAGAGUAAAAGCGUACUUUGCAGUCCUCGAAACGCUCAAGGACAAAGGACAAGAAUACAAGAAGCCACUUCCUCUUACUAGACAUAAAGCAGUGGCAUUCUUCACGGCACUAAUAGGUGACGAGAAAGAUGGCAGACCAAUGUACGCUACAGCAGAUGACUACCUGUUUACAGUCAUCUCUAGACUCAAAGCAGUAGAAGGAGCGUCUGUCCUCACAGCUGCCGACGAGAAGCAUCUUGCUGAUAUAGUCAAAAGAGCUCACAGGAGAGGACUAUUUAAACAUCAACAAGCACAGGGCGUUGUCCUGGAAGAAGUCCUUGACGCCUUCAACAACGACAGAAUUUCUGGAGCCGCUGCAUCGCUGGGCUUCUUUUUCGGGCUGAGGAGAACCACUCUACUUAGCAAGAUCGAGCUCUCCUCUUCUUCUGACAAAAACUUUUGCUCAUUUGUAGAAGACAUUUCCGAGGACGAAGACGGUGGCAGUAUUGUAGAUUUAACGAGCGCUCCAUUUUUCAAGAGGAGCGACGACAACCAGCACUCACCCGACAGUGGUGAUUUUCACUUCAACAAGGCCGCCAAGAGCUUUUGCUUAGACAUGGAGAAAUAUGUGCUCAAAGGGAACGCUAUUAAGAAGGUCUAUGUCAAAUGCAUUUGCGACACCGACUUAGCUACGAUUUGUCCGCAUGUCACGAUACCGAUUCAGAUUCUAGCGAGUGCUGACGAUGACGAAACUCCAUGGAGGGAAGCUUUCGUCACCGAAUUCGCCACGUAUUUUGGUACUUCCAGGACUCAAGCCUUGCGAAUUGGAUGCUUGCGCCAUCUCAUGCAGACCAAGACUCCGACAAACAGAACAGCAUGCCAUCUGAGAUGGACUGCUGAUAAUAUGGUGGAUUAUUAUAACAGAGGCAAUGAGUACCGUGCCAAUAUUUACAAAGGGUUCUCCUUCGUGCCUUGAAGUCUUUCACUAUUUUUAUUUGUUUUUCUCUUGUCACACUGGUUUUUUCUCUCAACAAUCAAACAUCUCCCCUUUCCUCAUCCCAUUACUUGCCACGAGCUAGAGCUGAGACAGAAAUUACAAGGGAGCAGAGCAACGAGCACGAGCUCACGAUGUUCAAGCCAACCGACAAUUGUUGGUUUUUUCUUACAAGUCAAGGUCCGAGAUUUCUCGCCUUCGUCUUGUCUUAUUUGAGUUGCUUGUGGAAAUUUUUCCACUGAUUUCAGCUUCAUACCACCUCCGACCUCCACCUCAGUUAGGGUGUAUUUAAAACUUGUUCGCAAAAAGAAUUCUUCUUGCAACUUGCAGCAACAGCGCGUCACUAUUUGACAACAAGAAACCAAGAUGGCAGUUCCAGGAGAACAAGCCGCUGCCGAAGCUGGCGCUCAACUAGGAGCACAAGGCGCAGCACCAGGCCCAGCUGUUGCAGCUGCGAACGCAGGCAUCCAAGACAUCGUGGCGCCACCAGCUCCUCCGGCAGUUGCGGGAGCAGCACAGCCACAACAGCAGCAACAGAUCGACCCUAACAACGUGGCUCAAAUUGCUGCUGUAGCUCACAUUGUGCUGCAAGCUCAAGGCCAUGGUAACCAGUUCCCGAACGAUGGCGCGCCUGCUAAUUUAGCAGAUUUAGGUCACUACUCCGAAGCUAACAUCAACAUCGACCGAGUAGAUCGCAUCUCCCUGCAGUCUUUCAAGGACAUCAACUCGCUAGUGCAACGACGUGAAGUUCACUACGCUGGUCGCAUGAAGGUUGAGUACCCAUUCGCUUCCACCAGCUCGCUACCGGAGAAAGCUCCCAAGAAGAAGCAGGUCAACCCGCGCUCGCUCAUCCACUACUUGGGUGUCGACGGCGACGCUGCAGCGGCCUUGCUAGGUGAGCAAGACGCUCGCCUCAUCAUCCGUGAACUCAAGAAGAAAGAGGACGAAGACCCCUUGUGUCUGGAUACCGACACGUACAAAAGGAAGGUCCGCGAGUUCUUCUUUGAAGCACUAGCUGAAGGCGACCAGCACGCUGCUACCACUGUCGUUCAAGGGCAGCAGACCACCUAUCACCAACGCAUGGGCGUGUUCUUCCUAAGCAGAGCUGCAAACGGCUUCUUAGGCAUGUUCAUGAACAAGUGCAACAACUACAGAGGCCUCAUCGAUCUGGCCAGUACCAAAGGGAAAGAAAUCUUCGGCUUCAGUAGCAAAGAGCAAUCUUCUGAUUCUGACUCUCAAGAAUACAAGAGCAGGAAGAACAGCCGCAGAGCCAGCAAAGAGAGCAACAACAACAACAACAACAGACGCGACCGCGACGAUGAUCGUGAGCUGAAGAAGACUUGUUGGCACUUCAUGAGGUGCGCACCGUGCCACAACGAUGAGUUCAAUCGUCGCGGCAAGAAGUACUGCAAACACGGUCUUCACCCCUACAAACGCUCUGAACUUGGUCGCCAAGAAUUUCAAGACAUCAAGAAGUCCCGCUUUGGCAAAUCAGUGCUGAAGAAAGUUGAGUACUUUGAUUGGAUGGACGGUGACAGGUACCUCGGCAAGUCGAAGAAAGACGCCAAGAACAAGAAGCGCAACAAGAGCUCCGACUCCGAAUCCGAGAAAAAGAAGUCGAAGAAGAGGAAGAGCAAGAAAGACUCCGAUAGCGACAGCGAGUCUGAGAGGAAGAAGAAGAAGGAGUAAAUUCACUCCAACAUGCAACUUAGCAUCACUUAUUAAGGCAUUAUCUCAGUGUUUAUUAUUACCUUAACUGUACACUUCUAAUUAUUCGCCUGACAAUUAUUCCUGUUCUUCGCUUCCAUUAUUUUGGGUAUUGUUAGUUUUUUGUUAAGUUGUUAUCUAUGUGUUUCGUCUUUCACAGUUGGUUCUCUCAUUAAAUUUUGUCGUUAUGACUUCCAUACUUGGUACUGCUACCACUCAUUCAGAUAUCUUCGCUAUGUGACUUUUUUGUACAGCGUGUUUAAGUAAGUAAUCAAUUUCAAAGUUCCUUACACAAUGAAACAAGAAAAAGCACCAAGCUUUUCCACCACUUGGACGGGGUUCCUAUACGCAUAGGCAAACACAGACAUAGGGCAGACGAAGUUCCACAUGGGCACACUUUUCCAUAUCGCAUUCAUAUUUUGAAAAUGAGAAACUUCUCUCUCGUCCUGUGUCGGACACUUGCCAAGUUGCAACUUCCGCGGAUGACGCACGUCUGGUGUCCCUUCUCUAGCCAGUUCAGCUAGACACUUUUAAUGAAGGUCACGAGAGUGUGCAUGUGCUGGCAGGAGAGUGGAUUUACGUGGGAUGAGUAGCAGAGUGUCUACAUUUGUUGUUACGGCCUCCAGUAGAGCAAUCACUAAAAUUUUUUGUUUUCAUUGAGUGAGCUUGUUGUUUGAUUUAUUUUCUUUCGUUACCACGCAAAUGAUGUCACGGCUAGUGUCGUUGCCCGACUUCCCAACAGAAAACCUUGCUCCAUCCAAAAAGGAAGCCUACGCCAAGAAAGUCGCGGAAAUGAAGACCAGGAUGGAGGUCGACAUCAGGAAAAAGUCGCCCUUUAGUCCGAUUUCGGAGGAAUUUAAGGGCUUGGACGAGAACAAGUUAUACGAUUAUGACGUGAAAGCAGAAAUAUCCAGAGUUCUGGACAUGUCACAGGGAUUGGAUUCCGAGCUGAAAGCGAUGAUGCCAGUGGAAUUGCACCAGUUUCAUCUCAAGCACAAUCUUGGUUUCCUCGAACUUGCUGCAAUCAUCGCUGGCCACCAAGACACGAAAUUUGUCAGGGACAUUCUCGCACCAGGAGCUACGUGUAUUGGAGAUUGCGGUUGCCCUGAAUACUGGCAGAAGCAUAGUAGAAAAAGGUAUAAACCUUUGCGCACAUCACUCCCAGUGACGAUUCACAAGUUCAAACCUGGCGCUGCAGCUCCUAAAUGGGCGGAGGAGGAUGUAAUGGAGGUUUACAAUCAGACUGCAGCGGAGAUUGAAGAAGAGGAGCUACUGAAGCAUCCGCGCAUUUCCAAGCCUUCUACCUACCAGGAGGCACUCGGCCAAGGGUUCGAUCAUGUGUGGCUUAGGUACGGGAUACACCAAAGGAAUAAAGUCCGCAUGAUCGACCCAGCCUGUGCCAACAACGAAAGGUCGAAGCUUGAGAAGAGCGUGCCGAUGGCUUCGGCGUCGAAGAUUUUAGGGAUUGCAGCAGCCACAAAAGACAAGUCACUUCGCUCUCUCAAUCAUGUUCAUUUCAACAAGAGCACAGUGAAGAAAGGGAGGAAGAUGGAGAAGGAAUUUGAAUUGGCUUUCGUCGAAUUCGUCGAAAAUUCAAAGCCAAUCCCGAGACAUCUCCUGAAGAAACCAGUUGUGCACUGUAGAGGCUCUGACGAUGACAACGACGUCGACGCUGGCAGCCCACCGAAGAGAGCCAAGCUUUCGCACGUGACCCCGCUCCUUAUCAUGUUGAUGAUGCUGAUAGUGGAUGUGCACAAGGCACACAACAUAGUAGCAGUAGCGCCAGCCCAUCGACCUUACAACAGGUUCGCCUGCUGGAACCCUUACACCAAGCUGUACGAGUUCUUCACCUCUUUUGUGCUCAUUUUCGGCAAUGUGCACUCAGUCGUUGCGUGGUGCCGUAUUUCGGCCGCUAUCCGGACUAUCAUCCGCUAUUUUGUCGGCAUCGCAGUUUCGGUGUAUGUCGAUGAUUUUCCUGGCCCCGUUCCCAGUGACAUCGGAGCCGCAGCAAAAGACGCGGCGUUGCACGUCUUCAAGUGCAUCAGUUUCGCUAUUCAUCCGAAGAAAGUAAAACUAGCUGAACUUGCUGAGGUCUUAGGCCUCAUCUUCGAUUUGGCAUCAGAAUGCCCUUGCUACUUUGUAGCACUCGAAAGGAAGAAGGCCAUUUCGAGUAUCAUCGAUGCAGCACUGAAAGCGAACCAGCUUUCACACAAAGUCGCGGAGCAGCUUCUUGGCCGGGUUAUGUUCUGUUUUGCGGCUUUAGUCGACCGACAAUUCAAUCCUCUGUUAAGACCUCUUUCGAAUUAUGUUAAUUACCCACACCGCUUCUUCGGCCAGAAAGGCAUCUCCGAGAGGAUGACAGCUUGCCUCCAUAACAUCAAGCAUCUGAUCAACUCCGACAUCCGCAAGUUUGCGAAAUUUGAGUCUGAGUCCGACGACAACGAGAUGGUCUACACGGACGCGAGUUUUGCCCACGAAUCCGGCUGGCUUGCGAUUACCCUGCUAAAAGACGGGAAACUUGUGGCUUACAGACGCAAAGUCAGACGAGAUGAAAUUUUUGCUGGUACGGCGAAACAUCCUAUCAAUUUCCUGGAGGGUGUCUGUCCUUCGAUUGCGCUUCUCACGUUCGCAGAUUCGCUCAGAUCCUCCUACUUCAGGGUCAGCGUUGACAACGACAGUGCGAAGAACGCGUUGCUCAAUCAGAGUUCGCCUAGUGAGGCUCUCUCGAUUUCGGCUGUCAUUUUUUGGUCACUAGUGUCGCAUUUUGACGUGGCAGUUUGGGUGGACAGAGUCCCAACAGGUUACAACAUAGCGGAUAUACCAACGAGACCGCAGCUUCUUUCUUUCGUGAUUGAAAAUUUUCCUACUUUAUUUUCUGAGAUUUAUGACGGCUUUCUUGCCGAAGUAGAAGAGCUUACUCCUGAUUUGUUAGCGCUUACGAACCUUCAAAAAUUUCACAUUGCAGCAGAAUUACGGUUUUCCGACCUUCUCUCACUCUCCUCCUCAAGCGGACUUUCAGCAGCUUUCGACAUUGAUUGAGCAUCUAUUUCGCUCUCGGCUACUUAGCCUGCAGAUUUUGCAUAACGUGACUUCACGUUCUGACUCUCAUGGCCAAAUACACAGUUACAGCGAGUUUUUGGGACGUCGUGUAUUCUCGCAGCUAGCUAGUGCUCGAGUUCGCUCAUCCUCGUCUGGCUUUAGCCUUCUUUUUGGCGAGUUUUGCACUGCUGGACAUCAGCUCGUCUUGCACCAAGCAGGAUAUCCAUGCUAGUUAGCAUUGGUGUUCCACAUUUGUCCAGUUUUUUCGCGGGUCAUUUUCAAACCCAGCUGUGGUUCGAGGCAUCAGGGCCUUCGAGAGAAUUUAUUAUACUAUUUCUUCUUCAAAAAAGUGGCCCAUUGCGGCUGUGGGGUAUAUCUGGUGGGCCGGGUGCGAUGGUC